AUGCCUCCAGCUGCAAACAUCUGCCCAUUCUAUCUCUUCCACCAUAUAUUCGGCCAGCAGUCGACCGCCAGGAACACGUGCGCGUACUGCGACACCGGGUCGGCGCCCGGAGGCUUGGGGAUACAAUUCCUUCCCGAAGGCCUCCUCGGCCCCGAGAAUUUGCGCCCACCGGUGAGGCUCGAGCUCGCGGAAAUACAGGCCGCGCUAUUGGAGAUGGAAGCUGCGGGAUUUCAUACACCGGAAGUGCUACAGACAAUCAACAAACCUCUUCCGGAGCUGGAGAAGUUGGAGAUUGAAGCUGCGGAAUGUCAGCCGCGAGAACCGUUGCAGCUAGAGCCACUCGAUACACUUCAUCCGGAGCAGCAGGAGGUGGAGGAACAGGCCGCGAUUUUGGAGAUGGAAGCUGCGGAAUGUCAUCCACCAGCACUGCAGCAGCCAGAGACAAUUGACGCACUCAAUCCGGAGCAGCAGCAGUUGGAGAUGAAGGCUGCGGAACGUCGUCCACCAGCUCUGCUGCAGAAAAUGGACCAAAUCAAGCCGGAGCAGGAGGUUAAGGAGGAACAAGCCGCGAUGUUGGAGAUGGGAGCAGGGGAAUGUCAUCCACCAGCACUGCCAGAAACAAUUGACAAACUCCAUCCACAGAAGGAGGAGGAACCGGCAAUAUCGGAGAUGGCCGCUGGGGAAUGUCAUCCACAAACACUGCUGCAGCCGGAGCCUAUCGACACACUCUAUCCGGUGCAGCUAGAGGAGGAGGUACCGGCGAUAUUGAUAGCGGAUGGCUGUGGCGACGGAGAGGUAGGGACGCAUGGGUUACGCAGGGAUGAAGAUAGCGAAGACGAGGAGUGGGUCCAUGAGGAUGUUUCUUGCGAGGAGGGAUUCGAAAUCGUCGACGGUGAGGGCAGUGGAGCGGAGGAUUCUGAUGAUGGAUGGGAUCACUUCGAGGCGGUUGGUGAUGCAGUGACCAUUGAGAUGGCGGGGGGGGGCGGUUUUCGUGGAGCGCGGAUGCGAGGCGUGAUGAUUACGGGAGUGUGA